UAUAAAAAUCAUGUUUAUCAGCUCCCAGUUUUAUUAUUAUUAAAUCUCCUGUUGUUCUGACUCGGGGUUGUAAAAGAGAGAAGAGGUAUGCUCCAAAGUCCAAACAAGCUCUGAGCAACACUGUACAUUCAGUCAUCAUCAACAUGGGGAGAGCUCCUUGCUGCGACAAAGCGAACGUGAAGAGAGGCCCUUGGUCCCCAGAAGAAGAUGCGAAGCUCAAGUCCUAUAUUGAACAACACGGCACCGGCGGUAACUGGAUCGCUUUGCCACAAAAGAUCGGGCUAAAGAGAUGCGGCAAGAGUUGCCGUCUACGGUGGUUGAACUACCUUCGCCCCAAUAUCAAGCACGGGGGUUUCUCCGAAGAAGAGGACAACAUCAUAUGCAGCCUCUACGUUAGCAUUGGAAGCAGGUGGUCGGUGAUUGCUGCUCAAUUGCCGGGACGAACAGAUAACGAUAUAAAGAACUACUGGAACACAAGGUUGAAGAAGAAGCUUCUGGGAAAGCACCGCAAAGAACAACAGGCUCGUUGUAGGGGCAAGAAUAAGCAGGGAGCGAAUAAGAGUACUGUUGGGAAUUCAUCGAUCCUUGGAGAAAACAGUAGUGUUCAGGUUCAGGCUCAACAACAACCGUAUUGGCCUCACCCCCAGAUGAUGCCAGUGCUGCCACCCUUGCCUUACUCAGACCAAGUCCCAGGUUUCAACGACCAAGAUUCCAUUAGAAAACUGCUUAUCAAGCUUGGAGGAGUGUUUUCUGACCAGCCUGAUGGGUUCAAUUUUCAUUUACCAGAUGCCACUCAUCCCUCCGCACAAUCACCAAUUUAUCAAGUUUCUUCUUCUGCUUCCGCAGGCGCUAUGAACAAUAACCAACUUCAAUUCCCUCAUCUCCAUUACCACUCUGGACUUAAUAACUUGGUGCAAGGAAGCAGCACUUUCACCCAAGCACAGGAGGAAAUAAUGUCCGUAUCUUAUCCCCCUAGCCUAGAUGGGCUGGAAUUCUUGAUCAAUCAUGAUGAUAAGAUAGACCCUACCGCCUCGUGUCACAGCAACACCAUAGUUAGUCCUCCUCUACUUUCCUCCGAUUACGAAUGUAUCCCACCAACUGAUCAGCAAUUUGCUUUUCAGGAGUUGAGGUAUCCAGGUGCCCACUAGUAUCAUGUACAUUGUUCACUGCUUUGAUUAGCCAUUUGUACGUAGCAAACUAGAGGGAAGCUUCAGCUGGUUUCCUUCAUAUAGGAAUAUCUUCAGCUGGCUAUAUAUAUGUACAUAUAGCUGGCCAUCAUAUGUGUCUGCUCUCUAGCUGUUCCAUGAUUGUUUCCUUUACUGACACUUAAGUUUAUCUGACUACCUCGUGUAUUUGUCUGUAAUUUUGAGUGCAUUGAAACAUUGUUCGCGUUCUGACUAGAAUUUUAAUUAGCAGCAUUAAUG